UUGGGCCGUGCUGGGGCAGCGCCGUGUGCGGGGCCAGAAUCGCCCCAGGCUGGAGCGGGGCCUGGCGCGGGGGCCAGACAGGGCAAGAACUGCAUCACAGCUUUUCCUGCUGAACCAGACCAGUGUCAAUGAUGGCAAGACUCCCAAGUGCUGCGCCAUAUACCCUUUGGAUCCUUUUCUUUUCAUAUACAACAAAUGAAGUUAUGACUGCAGGACACAUACAAGAAUUUGCAUGCUUCACUGACUUUGACAAAGAGCUGGUUUGUCACUGGAAGGUGCCUGCACAAACUAACUGCUCCAAAGAAUUCCUGCUCAGCUACAGCAAGGAGAUUUCUGUGUCAAACGUGUGUGUUCCUGAGAAUGGAAAAGACAGUUUAAGGUGCACUUGCACGAUACAUUCAGAUUAUUUUGUGUCAGGCCUCACGUAUGUUAUAACCCUACAGUUUAAUGGGACUGAUAUAUGGAACUACAAUGUUACACCAGCCCUUGUUGUUAAGCCAAGGGCCCCCAAAAAUCUUGCCAUUGAGAAAGCUGAAAAUGGUAAUUUCAAUCUGAGCUGGGAGGAGAGCUACUCUUCUCAAUCCACGCUCUUUGGACAGCCGGUCAUCUAUGAACUGAAAUACUGGAGGAAGCAGCACCCAAUGGAGGUUUCUGUAAAAGCAAUUAACUACCAGGCAAAAAGCUUUGAGAUUACUGCAAGCUCCUUGAGGAGGGGGUAUGAUUACGUUGCAAGUCUCAGGUGUAACUACACAGACUACCCGGCCUACUGGAGUGAAUGGAGUGAAGAAGUUGAAUUUCACUAUGAUUAUGAAGUGACAGCUGAAGACAUUCUGCAGAUGGCUGUGCCCAUAUCCUGCAUACUGAUCAUGGCAGGAUCUGUCAUUUGCUACUUCUGUUUUACAAAAGUGAAGAAAGAAUGGUGGGAUGAAAUCCCAAAUCCAGCCAAGAGCCAUUUGGUUGUAAAAAAUGUCAAGUUUUCAGUUUUCUGCUACUUUGAUGAAAUUAAGUUCCCUUUCCAUGACUUAAAGCAGACUCAUAUGGAAAAGCAAAUAAGUUGCAAGAACUGUCUGGCUCAAAGUUUGUCAAGCCAAAACUUCAAGGGAAAAGAUAACAUCAGAAAUGUUGAGAAAUCUUGCAGCUGCCACAGCAAGUGUGGAGAGUCAUUGCCAAAAGGCAGCAAUGCAGUUUUAACCCCUGAUACAGCUCCCUUUGAAGACAUUAUUGAAAUCUGUGAAUGUUUAACAGACAGCGAGACUGGGAGCCAGGAAGAGACUGGCGAUCAGAUCACCACAUUUGAGCCUUGUGAGAGCAGCAUCGGUGCUUUCAGAGAGCACAAUGAAGCACUAGCUAACAUGUUUGAUGCGCUCCUGGCAGAUGAAAAUAACAUGCAAGAUAAUAAAGACCUAGACAUCCUCACAGGUGAGAGGAAGACCUUCAAAAAACUUGAGUUGGAAAAUCCAUCACAGCGAAAUCCAAAAGAAAGCGCAGCCCAGAAUCAGCGGCCAUGUGGUAUUUCUCAUACAACCUCUCUUUUCACCAAAGCCUCUCAAGAUGACUACAAUUGUAGUACAUCCAGCAAGGAGUCAGAACUGUCGGAAGAAUCCUUUGAAUCUGGUUAUCAGAGCUCCAGCAUAAAUUCUGCUUCCCUGGAUGCAAGAGAUCUUCAACAAAUGGUUCAUCAAAGCCUUUUUCUAUGCAGUUCAGAAAGUGAGCAGGACUCUUGUGUCCUGAUCCAGGAAUCUACAAAUAAACCGUUCUUUGGGACCAAAACAGACAGAAUAAACAACGCUACAAACAAGAGUUUUGAUACCCUUGUGUCUGCACCCAUGAGGUUCUGUGGUUCUGCAUAUAAGAGCUUUGACUCCCUUUUGUCGCCAUCUGUGGAGCCCGAGAGUUCUGCCUACAAGAGCUGUGACAUCCUUUUGUCACCAUCCCUGGAGCCCGAGAGUUCUGCCUACAAGAGCUGUGACAUCCUUUUGUCGCCAUCCCUGGAGCCCGAGAGUUCUGCCUACAAGAGCUGUGACAUCCUUUUGUCACCAUCCCUGGAGCCCUGUGGCUCUGCCUACAGGAGCUUCAAUGCCCUCAUGUCACACUCCAUGGCCAGCAGUAGCCUGACUCUGUGCUUUGAAAGUGCGUGUUCCUCACAGCCUCCAAGACAAUUGUCAGAGAUACCAGAACACAGCUGUAGAGGUCAACCUGCUGGCAAUGGGACAUGUUACACCAACUACAGAUCUCCCUACACUGAGCUUGACUUUCCAAACACCUGUUCAGAGCAUACUGAUUUUCCAUCUUUCUCCACACGUGCAAAUGAAGGUGCUUCAGCUUUCCUAUCAGAGGAAGAAAUACAUAAGCAAGUAAUAUAUCAAAAUUUUCCAAAGAAAACCAAUAUAAUUUCAUGCCCUAUUGCACCUCAGCGAUCAAGUUAUCAGCCUUUUGAUAGUGCAGGUAAAUGUAAUGGUCCAUACUGUGACAAUGAGGUUAUCUCAUUACAUGAACCCUUCAUUGGUCUGUGCAACAAUCUCAAAGAAGCACCUCCAGAUACUGCAGUCUGUGAGCUUGACCUGAGAACAAAGGACUGUGUGUGUUUGACUGUUCAGAGUCCUGAUUGCAGCAUUGUCCCAGGUUUAGCCUCUAGUGAGAAUGACACGCAGACCGUUAAUGGCAGCCCUUGGAUCGAUAGCUGUAAUGAGCUAUCUAGUGAUAGCAAUGAUGAAAAUAGCAGCAGAGAGGAACACUGGUUGCAUUUGUUAGAGCUGAACUGUCAAGAUUUAAACAGCAGAGAAAGAACUACCCAGGGGACAAAACAGAACAGCUUUAACCCUACUGGCAAAGUAAUGCAAGAGAGCAACAAUAACAAACUGAAUACUGACUGCCACUGCCACCCACACAACCACUUGAGGGAACUUGGAGAUGCAGAGGGAAGUGAAGAGAUGCUGAAGCAUGUAGAAGGGAAGGGGAGUGGCUCAGCAGCCAGCUUACCAGCGUUGUUGGACAGCACUGAGCUAAACUUAGGCAGAAAAACUGCACAGCCCCUGGAGCUCCACAUCUCAGACAAGCUGUCGCCUUGUUGUCUUGUGAAUAACUCCAGUCGUUCUGAUUCUCACACCAUUCACAGUGAGGACUCCAGACUGGCACUUGCCAUUAAAAAGAGACCAAUAGAACUGUUAAGGGAAAACAAGAGGAAAAAUGAGAAAAAAAUUGAACUUGUGCAAGCCCUUGCCCAAGAGGACAACUGCUAUAUGGAAGUAGCUUAGCCACAUUUGCUGAGAGCCGAGACUGAGUGAACCUUUGAAAUAAACUGUAUGGCAAAUUGAAA